AUGGCGGUCGUUGGGAGAAUACAGGAUCAUGAUCCCAAGGCGAAGCCAUUUCUUGGCGGAUGGAAGGACACUGUUACCGGCCUAAUCUAUCACAAUGCCUGCACGCAAACACAUGACGGCUGUAUAACAAAGAGCAGAAUUACGCAAACCAUCAUGGUUGUAGACGCGGUCACCGACGUCGUUCAUCACCAGGCGGUGCAAGUGGAUUUUUUGCCCGAUGUUCGUGACAAAAUCAUUUCGCCUGGAAUUUCGUCCUUUCUUCCGUCAACGGAAGAAGCCAAACCUCAAGAUAACAGUAGCAUUCUCGACAGCGUUAUUAAAAUACAAAAAUGUUAUAGGGCUUAUCGAGCUAGAGUGGCGGCUAGAGGAAAUGCUCUCGAAGUGACUAGCAUCUCUCAACACGACAAGGCGAACGUGCUCGAGUACGCAAGACAUUCGCAGGCACUAUUCGCUUACAACAGCAUGGAUUACGCGAUGUUAAAUCGCCGUUCGCCGCGCACAAGCUCGGACUUCGAGUUGCUCUACAAUCUUCUCGAUCGUUGGCGAAUUCUCGAAACUGAGCGGGCGAGUAGCACGCUCGUCAAGUCCUCGAGGAUCGCCACCUGCGGCCUGAUCUUGUCGAAGGAGAUCGAAUUGUUGCGCGCGAUAGACUCCAAGAAGACCGCCGUCCGGCUCAAGUGCAGGGAACGGAAACGACGCAGGCUUCUGGAUGAAUUAUCCCGACCCGUCGUCUGGCAGGACGGUCGAGAUCAGCCGAUUCUGGUGGACACUCUACGCGUUCAACGAGCCCGCCAGCACAGAAACGUGUACGCCUCGCUGGCCAACGAGAAUCUGUCCGUUUCGGAACGGAUCGAUCUACUGCGCGAUCUAAAACGCGUCACCGGCAUGCACACGUGCAAGCAAUCGCACGAGCUUGUUUAUCUGAUCAAUCAGGAACUGGAUUUACUGGCGUGUCGAGUGGACACGAGCAGACUCAACUGGCUCAGGAAUCGGCUAAAGCUGAGCUUCCUCAAGCUGGCGCGUAACUCUCUACGAGAUGAUCUCGAGGAAGACAUGAACAAAUUCGGUUGGUCGGACAUUAGCAUUACGCGACUCUGUAGGACCUGCGGCAGGCUUUUAUCUUUGGAGGACUUUCCCCGCGAACAGCGAUUGCGGUCUUCUUCUUGCAGCUACUGUACGUCUAUGCAAACCCGAAGAGGUCCUCGCGUCGUGUACGAUCUUUACGAGAGGAUGUUGCGGGAAAUCAGGCGCUUCGAAGCAAAAAUGGGUUGUUAUAGCAGUCUGGCCUUCGUGAUUGGGGCCAAAGUCAUUUGUCGUCUGGUGAACGAAGUCUGGCAUGGAAAAUCUGGUAUAUCCGAGUGUGACGAUCUCGAUCAGCUGAUGCUGACUCGCUUCCGACGCGAGCUGGAAUGGGCGCCUUGGAAUUCUUUAUUAUUGACAAAGAAUGAGGCUGUGAUUCAUUACAAUAUCACUGAUAUCGAGGGUUUCUACAAUUCGACACUCCUGCAGAAGUUUUGGACGAAGAAUCUCCAGGCAAAAGUAUACUUUGAAUCGAUCUCUCAAACCCCGAGAAACAUCGUCACACCGUCCUCAAUGGAAGAUUAA